AUGAUCCUGACCACGAUCUUCGCAAACUGCAUAGCCCUGGCUGUCUACACACCAUACCCUAGCGGAGAUUCCAACUACACCAACUCGGUUCUGGAAAAAAUCGAGUACAUCUUCCUUGUUAUAUUCACGGGCGAAUGCGUGAUGAAAAUCAUCGCGUACGGCUUCGUGAUGCAUCCAGGUUCCUACCUGCGGAACGGCUGGAAUUUACUCGACUUCACGAUUGUCGUUAUAGGAAUGGUAAGCACGGUGCUGUCGAGUAUAUUCAAAGAUGCCUUCGACGUGAAGGCGCUCCGCGCGUUCAGGGUGUUGAGGCCUCUGAGGCUUGUUUCUGGAGUGCCAAGCUUACAGAUAGUGUUGAACUCGAUCCUGAAGGCCAUGGUGCCGCUCCUGCACAUCGCACUGCUGGUCAUCUUUGUCAUAAUCAUCUACGCGAUAAUCGGCCUCGAGCUCUUCUCCGGCAAAAUGCAUAAGUCUUGUUAUAACAGACUAACAGGCGAGAUCAUGGACUCUCCACAUCCAUGUGACAACGACACCGGCUUUAAUUGCUCCAGCAUCGGCGAGGAUAUGGUGUGCCGCGAAGGAUGGAUCGGUCCAAACUUCGGCAUCACGAACUUCGACAAUUUUGGCCUUUCUAUGCUCACCGUGUUCCAAUGUAUCACACUGGAGGGUUGGACUGAUGUUAUGUACAAUAUACAAGAUGCAAUGGGGAACAGUUGGGAGUGGAUAUACUUCAUAUCGAUGGUGAUCUUGGGAGCGUUUUUCGUCAUGAACCUAAUUCUCGGUGUGUUAUCAGGAGAGUUCUCCAAAGAAAGAGAAAAAGCAAAAAACAGAGGAGACUUUCAGAAGUUACGGGAGAAGCAGCAGUUAGAGGAAGAUCUAAAGGGAUAUUUAGAUUGGAUAACACAAGCCGAGUAUCUGGAACCACUAGCCGACCAGCACGACACAGCAGACCAGAAAAGAAAAGAUUUAUAUAAGUAA